AUGUAUGUGUAUCUAUGUGGUGCUUCACCAACUCCAACAUACAGAAGUACAAGUAUUAAAAUGUAUCGAGAAUCAUCAUCAUCACCAUCAUCAUUAGAAUCUUUUGAAUGUUCUUUUUUAACACCAACAGGAGAUAAUACAAAAUCGCUUCGAAAAGCAGCUGUGGAUCAUGUUAGUGAUACAUUUGUAGCUACGAAUGUUCCACUUCUUGCUUUAAUUGAUGCAGCACGACGUGGUAAUAUUCAAUUAGUUGAAGAAACAGCUCAUGUUUUCAUGGAUCAUGCUAAAAAAUUAAUCGAAGUUUCAAAUAUUAUUUGUUCAAUGUCGGAUUCAAUUGAAGGUAUAAAAUUAGUUCGUUUAGCUGCAAAACAUAUUGAAAACCUUACACCACAAGUUAUUAAUGCUGCACGAAUACUUGCUGCUCGUUCAACAUCAAAAAUAGCUCUUGAAAAUCUCGAUGUAUUUCGUGAAACAUGGGAAAAACAUGUUCGUUUAUUAACUGACGCUGUUGAUGAAAUAACAACUAUUGAAGAUUUUCUUGCUAUUUCGGAAAAUCAUAUACUUGAAGAUAUUAAUUCAUGUAUUCAAGCAAUGGUUGAACAAAACCCUGAUCGUGUUGAUCGUACAGCUGGUACAAUUCGAGGACGAUCAGAUCGUGUUAUUGAUGUAGUUAUUGCUGAAAUGGAUAAAUAUGAACCAGGAGAAUAUACAGAAGCUGUUAUGGAAAGUGUUCGUGUUCUUCGUGAUCAAAUUGUACCAAGUUUUGCUGAAAGAAUUAAAAUAGCUAUUGAUAUUCUUCGAAUGAAAUCUGCACCAGAUGAUCGAAAAUAUGAAUUAACUGAACAAGAAUUAAUUGAAGCAUCAAGUAAUGUUUAUCAUGGUAUACGGGAUAUUCGUAAUAGUAUACUGAUGAAUCCGGAUCUUGAAUGGCCAAGUGAUGAUGAAGAAGGAUUUAAUGAUGAAAUCUAUGCACAAUCUCAAACAUCAAGUCAUGGACCAUCAUUAGAUAGUCAACAAACUGAUGUGGAAAUGUAUCCAGGCAAAACUGAUAAUCCAAGUCGAGAUAUGAUGAGACGAUUACCAAAAGAAGAACGUGAACAAAUUGAAUUACAAGUUGAAGGUUUUAAAAAAACAAAACGUGAUUUUGAACGUGAAGUUCUUAAAUGGGAUGAUCGUGGUAAUGAUAUCAUUGUUCUUGCAAAAAAAAUGUGUAUGAUUAUGAUGGAAAUGACUGAUUUUACUCGUGGUCGUGGACCAUUACGUACAACAAUGGAUGUUAUACAUGCUGCUAAGAUGAUAUCUGAAUGUGGAUCAAAAUUAAAUAAAAUAGCAAAAGACAUUGCAGCACAAUGUGUUGAAUCUCAAUCGAAAUCAGAUCUUGCUGCUUAUGUUGAUCGUAUUACACUUUAUUGUCAUCAAUUAGAUAUAACUAGUAAAGUUAAAGCUGAUGUACAAAAUAUAAGUGGCGAAUUAAUCGUUAGUGGACUUGAUAGUGCAACUUCAUUGAUCACAGCAGCAAAAAAUUUAAUGAGUGCUGUUGUACUUACAGUUAAAGCAUCGUAUAUUGCUUCAACUAAAUAUCGUAAUAAAUCAGGAAAUAAAGAGCCAAUUGUUCAAUGGAAAAUGCGUUUACCAGAAAAGAAACCAUUAAUAUUAGCUGAACGACAGAAUGAAUUAGAUUCACGUGCUAAAGGUACAACUAAAAAACGACUUGAACCAUUACAUCUUUUAAGUCAAUUUCAAAAUUAA